CGUACGAUGCAUCUAAACGCCAGUUUCGCCGUUCUGUUGUUGGCUUUGGCAGUGGCUCAGGCCGUGCCAGCUACGAGGAUCGAGAAGAAGUCUCUAACCGACGAGUUAAGCAAGGACGCGAUAGAGCUCCAGGAAGUCGACGAUGUAAACGACAACGACAGAUCCAAGAAGUCUACCUUCUUGGUGGACGUACAUCCUGCAGGAGAGAACCAAGAAUCAGCGAAAAUUUCGUUGCAAUCCGAGGGUCAAAGAGCGGUGCAAACCUUCAACUUGGUCCCCCAACAGUGUCAAACGGCUCCACAGAUUCAAACCUACAACUUCCAAUCGGCUCCUCAGCCUGUCCAGGCUAUGAGCGUCAUCCAAAGCGCCCCGAUGGUUCACCAACACUCCUACAUGAUUCCUCAGCAAGUGGUUCCACCGGUUCACACCCUGCAGAUCGUCCAACAACCUCAACCUUGCCCUCAACAGGCGUCUGUGAACAUCAUCGAGCGUCAGAUC